AUGGCAACUGAGCUUAAAACCCCUCAUAAAAUUUUAAUGGGUAAAACCCCACAUAACCUUAUUCCCCCCAAUAACAGGGUAGCUGUUGGCGCUGCAUCAGGGAUUAAUGUCUAUGGUCAUUUUUCUUCCAGAAAAGAACAGUGGCAGUGUAAUGAUGGUAAUUGUAUCAGUGUUGACAGUAUUUGUGAUGGUGGUACUGACUGUCCGGAUGGUAGCGAUGAAGUUCACGCCCUCUGUCGGAAGAUGAGGUGUCCAUCAAAUCUCUUCCGUUGUACUUAUGGCGCGUGCGUGUCGGGUAAUGCCCCUUGUAACGGUCGGGUCGACUGCGCUGAUGCCUCUGAUGAACUGAGUCCUAUUUGUAGAACCAACAGUGAUGAAAUCAAUGGUCAAUAUAAAUGUAUUAAUGGUCAAUUAAUACCAGCUGAGAAGCGUUGUGAUGGUAUACAAGAUUGUAGUGAUGGUUCUGAUGAGACAGUCAGAUCCUGCGCCGCCAUGUCCUGUCUACCUUAUCUGUUUCAAUGCGCGUACGGCGCUUGCGCAGAUCAAGGUGCGGAAUGUAAUGGAAGAAACGAUUGUGCGGACGGUUCUGACGAAUCGAGUCUACUUUGCGGCAAGACAACACCUAAAACAAUUCCAAAUACCACGAAAAGCAUCAAUACACCAAAAGCAACCACACCCAAGACUACAACAAGAUCUACUGCGACUACAAAUAACGUAAAGUCCAAAUGCAAACUCCCAGAUUAUCCUCAGCACGGUACAUAUAUUGUAGUAGGUACACCUAACGCAGUACCUGGUCAGAUCUUAAACAAGCCUAUUUUAGAAGUCACAUCUCAAUGUAAGAUGAUCAACAACCCAACAGUCUCGUAUCAAUGUAAUAUAGUUUAUGGUAAUAAUACGAAGAGUUCGUGGCCAUGUCGAGAAUACGAACUAGAAGGUACUAGUGCUGUUGCAACUUGCAAACAGAAUUACCAUUUGAAAGAUGUCGCCCCAAAAGCGAAAUGUGUUGAUGGACAAUGGGAGAAACUUAUUAAAUGUGUACCAGAAUGCGGUACUAUAGUACCUAAAAGCACAGCGUUAGUAAUAGGGGGUCAUGUUGCUGAAAGGGGGGAGUUGUCUUGGCAUGCUGGGAUUUACACAGGAGCGAGACAAUACGAGCAGAUCUGUGGUGGAUCACUUAUUAGAAGAAGCACUAUUGUCUCUGCUGCUCAUUGCUUCUACGAUGACAACAAGGAGGGUAUGAAGUCAGCGAAAAACUUCGCGGCUGCUGUUGGGAAAAUAUACCGCGCUUGGAAUGACCCUAGAGAUAGAGACCCUCAGAAAAGAUAUGUAAAAGAACUCCACAUCCCAGAAACAUACAAAGGUUCAGAGAACAACUACCAGGACGACAUAGCAUUAGUCAUAGUAGACCAGCCAUUUACAUAUACUUCAUACAUACGACCGGUCUGUCUAGAUUUCAGGACAGACUUUGAAAUGGAGCAACUACGACCUGGUAAUAUGGGCAAGGUUGCCGGUUGGGGUAUGAAAGACACAUCAGGUCAUGCAUCUGAUGUACUCAAAGUUGUAGAACUGCCUGUAGUUGAAUUCAACGUGUGCUGGGAACGAGCGCCAUUUGAAUUCAAAAGUCACAUAACCUCAAAUAAAUUUUGCGCGGGUUAUUACAAUGGUACAGCUCUUUGUAAAGGUGACAGUGGAGGUGGUCUAUCUUUCUCGGCUACAGAAUUCGGUGUAAUCCGAUAUUAUUUAAGAGGUAUUGUGUCAACUUCACCCGCAGCUUCUGACCAGGAUUUAUGCAAUGCAUUGACAGUGACUACUUUUACUAAAGUUACACUGCAAGAGGCGUUCUUUAGUGAUUACCUCCAUGAAGAAUAUUAGGUUUGACA